UCAGAGAUUAGAUGAUUUGCAGUUUUCCAGUUUACUCAUAAUUCUAUUAAACUCGUCCGAGCAACACAAGAAAAGUCUCAUAUUCAUUAUACUCAUACGGUUUUUUUUUCGUAUGUUUUUAACAAAAAAUAAAAAAAAACGUAUUUGAAAAUAAGAAACGAAACGCCUCCACCUCCAAGCAAAAACCAAAACCCUCCACCCACUCAUAAAAAAUAAUCGUAAGGUGUUACCGUGUGGCACAACCAAGUUUUGAGCAAAAUAUUUACGAAAUAGGCGCUAUAUUGCAAAAAUAUUUUAAAGUAACUCAAACUAUGGGCUACGACAACUACAACGGCACUGAAGUGGCCGAGUCCGGUCAGGCCAUCUAUGCAGGCGGCAAUGGGAACAAUGUUGUGGCCGAUGAGCAGUUUGCUGCAGCUGCGGCCGAGCUGCAGCCGUCGCUGAAUCGCGUCCUCAGCUCUAUUGACUAUGAUCUGUGCUUCAAGCAUCCUCUGGAGCACACCUGGACUCUGUGGCACUGGGAGAACGAUCGCUCCAAGUCCUGGUCAGAUAUGUUGAGCGAUGUGACCAGCUUCAAUACUGUCGAGGAUUUCUUCAGUGUUUACUACUUUAUUAAGCCACCAUCGGAUCUGAAGGUAUUCAAUGAUUAUAUGGUGUUUAAGCAGGGUAUACGUCCAAUGUGGGAGGAUGAUGUCAACAAGGACGGCGGCCGUUGGGUCAUGUUUUUGGACAAGGAUUCGAAGGAACUGGUAGACAAGUUGUGGCAUGAUUUACUUCUGUGCACCAUUGGCGAAUGUUUUGAGUUUUCGGAUCAGAUCUGUGGCGUGGUCAUCAAUGUGCGUAACAAAGCAAGUAAGAUAUCUCUAUGGACUAAGGACUCGCACAAUCAGCAGGCUAUUUUGGCCAUUGGACGCAAGAUGAAGCAACUGUUGCAGCUGCGCGAGGUUGAGCUGCAAUACCAGGUGCAUAAGGAUGCCAUGGUACAGGCCGGGCCAAAUGUCAAUGCUAUUUACAAAUUGUAAAUUCCAAGCAAAGCAAGUGCUACAAAACUGGCUUUCAACGGAAGCGUUUACUUAGUUUAAGUACUUACAGCGGUCCUUCGUCAAAUGCUCAAGACUUGGCAAGAUUUUGGGCAUUUGCACGAUCGGACGAUCCCCACUCUCUCUCUCUUUCUCUAUCGUGCAUUUUGCUUAUAACUGAAAAAUGUUUGUACAUCACAAAUACACACUCCUACGGAUGCACAUACACAGGCAGACGACUACAAAUACAAUCUAUGUAUAUACCUAUAACUAUA